AGAGUAUAUAUUAUUAAACGGCAUAUUUAUUUACGAAAAGCAUUUCUCUUCAAAAACCCUAAUUUAUUUCUCUACUUACAAUUCCUGGGAAAUUCGUUACCGCCGUCUUUUCGCUCUUGUUAUUUUUCCAGUGCUGCAGAAAAAUCCCCUAUUUUCUUGAUUUUGGUGAAGAAAAUGUCAUCGUCUGAAGCUAUGACGUCCAUGGCCAACCGGGAGCCGUUCAGCAUGAGCUCGCCGACGCCGACGAUGAACCCGGCAGCUUCGCAACCGCAGCUGGACCAGCAAAUGCACAUGUCCUUUAUGAAUUCUGAUGGGGGCGGCGCAUUCAGGCAAGUUUCGCCACCGGCGCCAUUUCAAUCUGUCCCCGCCAGGCAAGUAUCGCCGCCACCGGCUCCAUUUCAAUCUGUCCCCACCGGCGCUGCAGUGAUAAGCCAGUCUGCUGCUGAGCAGAAGCGGAAGAGGGGCCGACCACGGAAGUACGGGCCUGAUGGCAGCAUGAACCUUCCAUUGGGUUCGCCUCAGCAGGCCAAUGCGGCUAUGUCGCAGCAGAAUUUAUCCCCUCCACCAGGGGGUGCGAUAGUUCCUCAUUCGGUGCAUAUGGAGAGCUUGCCGGCGAUUGAUGGAUCGGGCUCGCCCACAGCCAAAAAGGCCAGAGGCAGGCCCCGUGGUUCGAGGAAUAAAGCAAAGCAGCAUCCCGAAGUUUUAGGUUCAACUGGUAUUGGUUUCGUACCACAUAUUCUCAACGUGAAUGCUGGAGAGGAUAUCUCUUCGAAGAUAAUGGCCAUUUGCCAGAAUGGACCCAGGGCAGUUUGUGUUCUCUCUGCCAAUGGGACCGUAUCUAUGGUAACGCUUCGUCAGCAAGCAACAUCUGGUGGAACUGCCACCUUUGAGGGUCGGUUUGACAUCUUAUCCCUCUCUGGAUCGUUCAUGCUAACUGAAGUUGGCGGUCAGAAAAGCAGAAUUGGUGGGUUGAGUGUUACUUUAGCUCAACCUGACGGAAGCAUCAUGGGUGGUUGUGUUGCUGGUUUAUUGGUUGCUGCAUCCCCGGCUCAGGUUAUAGUGGGGAGCUUUCUGCCUGAUGGCCAAAGGGAUGUUUCGACAAAUUAUGUGGAACCUUCAUCAGCUCCAAGAUUGAACCAAGGUGCUGGUGCUGGUGCCAGCAGCUCCCCAUCACGAGGAACUCUCAGUGAAUCAUCAGGUGGACCUGCAAGUCCACUAAAUUUGAGCUCCGGUGCUUACAACAUCACACAAGGCAUGUCAGGCAUUCCAUGGAAAUAACUAGUUUUUGCAAAAUGCUUCCUUGGAGUAUGAAGAUUAUGUGACAUUAGACUUGCUGUAAUAUUACUUUGUAACAGAGAGAGAGAGAGAGAGAGAGACCAAAGAUGGCAUUCCUUGUUUGGAAUGCAUGUAGUAGAGCUAGGUUCUUACCCAACUGAUGUUCUUGUUUUUCCAUUUUCCAUUCCAGCUGGUGGAGUUGAGUUGUUGUUGUAGAAACAUUUUUUAGUUUAAAUCUUCUUCUGACUUA